AUGGUGAAGCUAGACUUUCCUCACUUCAACGGAUUGGAAGAUCCCACAAGUUGGAUAUGUCGUGCUGAACAAUUCUUUGACUUUCACCACACUCCAGAAACGGAGAGAGUUCCGUUAGCUUCAUUUAAUCUUGAAGGGGAUGCGCAAUUGUGGUUCCAAUUGAUGAAGGAGGAAACCCCGAUCACCACAUGGGCAACUUUUAAGCAGGGACUACAUGACAGGUACGGUCCCACCCAAUUUCAAGACUUCUUUGGUGAUCUGACAAAGUUGCAACAAACAGGUUCAGUACGAGAUUAUCAAACCCAGUUUGAGAAAUUAUUGAUUAGAGCAGGACGACUCACUCCAGAUCAACAAGUUGGCUGUUUUGUGAGUGGGUUGAAGGAGAAUAUCAAAACUGAUGUGCAAGCGUGUUGUUGGCCUGAUGUAGAAGACGAAGCGGAGGGCGAAUGUAAUGCUGAAGUUGACUUGGCUGGAGAAGAAUUACCUGAAGUAUCUAUUCAUGCAAUAUAUGGUGCUCGGACUCCCCAGACAAUGAGGGUGCAUGGCAACGUGGGAAACAUCAAAUGA